AUGCGUAUUGCAUGGAGAAUUCUUGACUUGAUGGUAAUAAACGCUUGGGUUUUAUGGAAACAUAUGUUACCUGAUGAUCAACGAAGCUGGAGACGUUCUCGUUUAUUUUACUUUAAGAUGGAUAUAGCAAAUAUAAUGCUACGGGAACCAAGAGCCAUUGAACGUCGAAUGUUAAAGGUAUUAGUUACAAAUCAAUCAUCAUCGGAAUCAGAUGAUGAUGAUAAUAAUCUUGUUCGACAAAAAAGAAAAAGAGAAACUGCCUCGAAUAUUUCAAGUAUGGUUCGUUUUGAUGGUUUAGAACAUUGGUCCCCAUAUCAACAAAGUUUACGCCUGCGAUGUAAAAAUAAAGGUUGUUCAAUGAAGACAAACGUAUAUUGGUACAAAUGCCAAGUCCAUUUAUGUUUUUGUACAACACGUAAUUGUUUUAAAGAUUAUCAUUGUAAAAAUUAA